GGAAGAGUUGUGCGACACAACGAAUCGAUGACGCAAUUCGUUGCCAACGCUUUUAGUAGUCGAUUUUCAUCGAAUUUAUCGAUUCGUUGUUGCAGCCCUAGUUGGCAGGCAACAAAGGUAAACAAAAUGAUCGGUAUCGGCUUGGAUUUUACUUCGUCGGAGUUUACUUCACACUUUAAAACCCAAGAAAUCGUUUUAUAUAGUCAGAAAUUAAAUAGACUAAACAUCUCCGACCCUUACCAUGCCCCUGGGAUACUUUUUAAAAUGCCAGAAGCUGUCGGAGCGGACCUCUUACUGGAUUUGAGAAGCCCUGACAUUUAUAAUUUAUAAAACUUUUUAAACAAAAACACUAAUAACAUAGAUUUACACGUAAGUAGUUUAAAUAGAGUGCUGUGCUGUUUGAAUGUAUAAACUGAAUGCCAAGAGAAAUCACUAGUUUGAUUUUUUUUCGUGAAUAAAAUAAAUUAUUCAGGCAGGAGCAUCGCAGGAUCUGUCUGAGAUCUGUUUCGGUGAGACAGAUAAUAGCAAUCCAAAGUGCUUUUUAUGUGUGAUCUGACAAUUGAUCAACCAUUGCUUAAAAAUGAAAUACAGCUUAGCCGGUUAAUUGCUGUGAUCAUAAAACACGUAAACGGCAGCACGCAGAACUCACGAGGCAACGUUUUACAUGACGUUUACUUGUUCCUAUGAGUAAUAAGACAGAAAAAGACAUGCCAAAAUAAUUUUAGGAAGCCCACUAAGAAUCGUAAUAAAAGCAUUUAAAAUAAAUACCAUACACAGUUGAGGAAACAUUGGUUUAAGUACCUGAUAUGAAGUGGUCGCUGCAUAAGCGAAAACCUUUACUCUCGGGAUCCCAGUCUCAUUUUAGCUGUUGCAUGUUGGGAGAAGUGACGUCAACUCCCGGAGCUCUCUAGAGAGCUGUGAUUGGCCAGCCAGAAUGCCGCUAGGGGCUGCUGAGGUUCCAAUGGUGCGUUUGUAGACCAAACUUUGCAAAGCAAGAAUUUGGUCUAGUUCACUAGGCUAGUGGAGCCAGGCAAAGUUUAAAAAUGUUUUAUGGAUAAAACAAAAGACCGGUGUUGACAAAGGAAAUCAUUAAAUUUAUGUGUGGUUCUUUUAGUCAGUUUGUUUUUAUUUACAUCCAUUAUUGUUCCCUCUGACCUUUUCUGUCUGGGGUUUACACACAGCUUCUGUCUUUUUAUAGCCAGUGUUAGGCUACAUACAAUGUCAUAGACAGGUUAGAAUUAAAUUAUUCCGUCUAGAGCACGCACGCACCCACUCUCUCACACACACACACACACACACACACACACACACACACACACACACACACACACACACACACACACACACACACACACACACACACACACACACACACACACAGUACUGAAUUUUCUGUGCACAGAAACACAAAUAUUCACUUUGAUCCAUAAGUAAAUAUAGCAACUGGAGCUCUGGUAUCCCACCAGGCCCCAUUACCAGACACGUGUGCAGCCACGCACGCUGCCUGUGAGUAAAUAUAGCUCUUAAAUUGGUGCCUGGGGAUUCGAAACCUGCAAUUUCGACACAAACUCCAUCUUAACUUUUUUGGGGGUAUUUUCUUGGGUUGUCAAGGUUACAAAUAUGUGACUAAGAGCUGAAACUUUACUGUUAAAGACAAUGAUUUGCAAGAGUCAUCUCCAGGGUAUCCGCGGGUCCUUAAAAAGUCUUAAAAAGUCUUAAAUUUGCUUUUCCAAAUUUAAGGCCUUAAAAAUCCUUAAAAAUGACAAAUAAUACUUAAAUACAGUUUCCAAAGGUCUUAAAUUACCAAAGACCCAAUAAACAAGAUUCUUUUAUUUUUGUCAAAUUUUUGUUAAUUACUAGUUAGUGUUUAGCAUUUUUUGUGUGUAUGAUGUUGGCGUAAGCGGAACCGUACACGUUCAGUUGGUUGUGAAAGGGGGCUAUUUUAGAUGAGCACAUUAGCUGGUUAAGCUAGUGGGAGCUUGCGCCAUGGGGAAGUGCAAGUUUAAUGGUAACUGGAUGGCUAAUCCCACGUUCGCGACGUGGUUAACACCGGUUCCUGGCAAUAGCUGGAAAUUAUGGUUUAAAUUUAAUUUUAAAAAUAGCUUAAAUUUGGUCAAAGUGGCCUUAAAAAAGGUCUUAAAAAGUCUUAAAUCUGGCUCCCUUAAACCUGCAGAUACCCUGCAUCUCAUAAACAAGCUGCUGUGCUUUUGGCUUCUUAUUAACUUAAUAAACUAAAAAGUGUGAUUGGAACAUCCUUACAUAUUUUUGAUAGAUAAACCUUUGUUUUAUGUAUUAUAUCAUUUGUGCUUUUACCUCAUUUUAAUUGUCCUCUUUUGUUCUUUAAUUUCUGUAAAACAAAUGAGUCAAUCCUAUUGGUCUUGAACAUAUUUCUUUAAUUUAAAUUAUAUAUUUCUUAAUACUUAAGGAAAGCAAAGUAACAUUCUUGAAAAAGAAACUUAAAAUAACAAAGUGCUUAAAUGAUUAACUUGUAUUUUAAACCAAAUAUUAAAUGUGACAUGAAACAGAAUAAUGACCUGGAACUGGAUUAUUAGUAGUGCAUGUUUAUUGAGGCAUUAAUAUGAAAUAAAUUACAAAAGUGUUAUUUUAUUUAUUUAUUUAUUUAUUUAUUAUUUGGAGUACCAACAAGAGUAGUAUUUGAGGUAGAUUUAUUGAUUAGCUCUUUUUGGUACUUUUUCAUUACAAUUAAUUGUUUAUUUUAUUAUGUUUGUCUUUCUCAAAAAGUAACGUAAAGAAACUUAAAGGACUAUAUUUACAAAUUUGAUAAAAUUUUCUUUGUAAACACCCAAGAAUGGCUAAGAGGAUAGCAUUGGCCUUCUAUUGGGCCUUCCCCACUAGCAUCGGCUCCAAACUGCCCAGAUAGCCCAAGCUGGCUUCAACCAGGCCCGGUUGAUUCCACACUUGCUUAGAAAGGCACUCGGAGACGUUCUCUCCUCCAAGGUAAUCAGCAUUAUAAUGAAUUGCGCAUGCAUGCGUAAGCCCACUGGGCUGAUUCUACCCUCCAAUCGGAGGCUUCAGCUAAUGGGCGGCGUGAAUUUAAGCCAGCAUAUCAGUCAGCAGUGGGUGUGUUGGCCCUGGUCCGCUUCGGGAAGAGAGCUGAAAAACAGUCUGGUUGCACCCUGAAAAAAGGCAGGCUAUGGUAAUGUGGACACUAUACUAUCCAGACCAUGCAGAGCCGAUGCUAGUGGGAAAGGUAUGAGCCCUGACCACGGCGCACCACGGCAAAAUACACAUAGCGGAAACCCUGAAAGGCGCUCUUCAAACCUGAGACAAUUGGAGCAGUUUGCUCAUGAGGAGUGGGCCAAAAUACUUGCUGAUAGGUGCAGAAUUGUCAUUGACCGUUACGGGAACUGUUUGAUUGCAGUGAUUUCGUCAACAGGCUGUGCAAAAAAAUAUUAAGUUAAGGGUAUCAUCAUUUUUGUCCAGGCCUGUUCCCUGAGUUAAUUUUUUUAAAAGUAAUUCAGUUGAAGCAUGUUUGAAAAGCAAUGUCUGUCUUUCAUAGAAAUUUCAUAGAAGAAGAAAGUUAUUUCUGUGGUCAUUGUUCAAUUUUCUUUCCUUAACCGGAUGGUACCAACAAUUUUGUCCACGUCUGUAAGUAUUUACAUCAGACAGGAUGUAAACACAACACAAGUUCCUUUAGGCGGUUUGUUUUUUUACAGUACAUCUGAACAGAUGAGAGAUUCUGGUUGUAUAUUUGUGCUUUUGGCAGACACACCAUGUUAACAUGAAAGUUGGAUGAUUUAAGGCUUAGUCGUAUUUAGAAAUUUUCUGACAUGAUUUUUCUUUUAACAGUAUGUUCUUUAUAUUUAUGCCAACAACACAUUGACCUAAAUAUUCAUAAUACCACAGCACAGGGUUGUUGUAGCAGCCAGAACCAGAACUGGGUCUCGCAUUAGGAAGGUGUUUAUGAAUUUUAGCUUCAUAAAAGAGUCCGUUUGGACCAGAUUGGUGUGUGUGAGAUGCUUACUGGAAUUUGAGAGGAUUCGGAUGAGACACAUUCUUGCAUAAGAGCCUUUUAGCAUUUUUGGAUACACAUUCAGAAAUAUGCUCAUGACUGUGUAGAUGGUUUGUAAAUCCAGAUUAGCAGAUAAUUUGCUGGAAGGGAGGGAUGCAAAAUCCACCAAGGCCUCCUUAAAACCACAGAGAUGGAAAUCUGAGAUUGUGGCUCAGAGCCUAGCCCAUGUACACUCACUCAGACUGGAUAUAAAAAUGUUUAGCACAAUCAUUUCUAACAUAAAAGCACGUAUACUCAAAAUAAUCUGUACAGAACAGUUGCUCAUUACACAUUCUUUCUUUUUUUUUCAUGUGCUGACCAUAAUGUGGUGAUCUUCAGGUAAGUUGCAUCUUUAAUUUUCAGAUUUUAUCAGCUGAUCUCAGACCAGCCCAUGCUGAAGUGCCUUAAAUGCUGCAGAUGACCUCUUUGAAACAAAGGUUUUCCCUUCAGUGGCAACUUUAAUCCAACAGUUUGUUUCACAUUUAGACCAGGGAUCUGCAACCUGUGGCUCUUUUAUAACUGACUCUAAAUCAUUAAAACAAAAACAUUUUAAAUAAAGAUAUAAUUGGAAAUGCAGGUUUAAGAAGCUUUUCAGCUGUCUAAUUUAUGUGCAGUAAUGUUUUAGGUAAAAUUGAAGAGUUAAUUCUGAAGCAUCUAUCCAUCAGUCCAUUUUCGGCCGCUUAUCCAAGGUGGGGUCUUAGGGGCAGCAUCCUAAGCAAGAAGGCCCAGACUUCCCUCUCCCCUGCCACUUGGGCCAGCUCCUCCGGGGGAAAUUCUAAGGUGUUCCCUGGCCAGCCGAGUGACAUAGUCCCAGCGUGUUUUGGAUCUUCCUUUAGGUCUCCUGUUGGUUGGGUGUGCCUGGAAAACCUCACCUAGGAGGCGUCCAGGAGGCAUCCUAAAUGGACGUUGGAGCCACCUCAACUGGCUCCUCUUGAUGUGGAGGAGCAGCGUAUCUAUUCCGAGCCCCUCAAAAUCAAAGCAGCAUUGCCUUAAAUAGCUUUGGUUUGCUGAAAAAAAAACUUUUUUUCUUCAUUUAACAGCAAUAAAUGCUGGUAUUUUAUCCAUCUUAAUUAAAAGUUGACCAAAUAUUAUACAUAUAUGUAUUCAUUGUCAUUUAAGGGACAAUCUAGACUUUUAUUUUAUGUCAGGUCGUUUUUUAAACCGUGAUGCAACAAAGUAUGGUUCUGCUGCCAAGAACAUUCUAGUCCAAGUACAUUAGAAGGCUCUAGCAUCCUUGGGUAUUGAGAAACAGCCUGUAUUUUCAUUAGAUUUUAUUGCUAAUUAUUAUCAUAUAAACUUAAAUUUGGUGUAAUUAGAUGCUUUUCUUUCCCAUAAUAUAAUUGAGUUAUUGAGUUGUAUUUCACUGUGGUAGCUCCAGACGGCUUUAACGUAUUAAACAGUAAAGUGAAAUGCCCGACCUUCUAGAAUUAUUUUUAAAAAGUCUUGGUAUCAAUUAUCUUGAGGUCGGUUAGUAAGAGGAAAGAAAAUUCCACUUCUUUAUUUUUUUUUACAGCUUUGGUGUUGUGAGAGCUGUGAUAAGGUUGACCUCAAAGUGUUGGCUGUGAGCUAAAGUUUUAUGGAAAAGGGUCAAAUUCAAACCGACAUGAGCAAAGCCAGACCCUGUUAAAGUAGUGGUUUAACUCGUUGGUGUUUUGCUAUCUGGUCAGGUGGGUUUAUUUAACAGUUUGUGGAUGUGCUCUUAGUUAGAGUGCAGCCUUUUCACUCGGUGUUGAAAUCAGUCACACUUGGACACACAUAUGCAACAUGCAGCCUGUAAUUGCUGACAUCAGGUUAGGGCAGAUGAGUGGUCGCCUGCAGCCAUAUUUGUGAGGGAUUAAUGUGUUAAUGCAGCUUCAUCAUGAUUACAACACUGCUACUUCCAUCUUUUUGUUGGCCAGUUGCUAUCAGUGCCGUGUGCACAAACCACAACUCACUGUGUUCUUGAUUGCAUGGUUCUCAUUAGAGUGAAUAAUGGAGGAUAAAUGCUUAUAAUGCGUAACUGUUCUAACUACCUUUGUUUACCAUUUCAUAUUAAUGCUAGACCAACUGGACUCCCUGUGUUAGUUUUUGGUGGUUUCACCUCUGGUCUGAAAGACUUGUACAGUAGUGUUUCAGCUUUAAGGCUGUAGGGGAGGUGUUGGUGAAAUGAAAGUCAUCCGCCCAUCCCAUGAGUCUUUGGGUUGUUUACCUCCCUGAGUAACAUUUGUGUUCAUGCUUCUGGGGUGAAAAGAUGUAAAACUAUCUGGGGAGGAGAGUCAAAGCUGUAUUGUAGGGGUUAAGGAAAUGAUACCUUUUAUUCAGGUACUUAGGAUCACCAUGACUUGUACAAAUGGGAGUUGGGACUUGACUUUUUAAUGCAAAGUUUCAUUAACUUGUUUCUCUGAGGAGUAGAAGACAAAACAUUUAUUAUUUACCAGUCCCAUUGUUUAACCAGUAGUCUCCUCUUGUUUUUUCCAUGAAUCUGCAGGUCUCUUGUAUGAAUAAACGAAUGCUUUGUGAGUCGAUUUCUUUGAAUAAAAAUAUCUUGCUCCCGUUUUCGGGGUAAAGGUUUGUCAGAGGAUGUAAAAUGAUAUUUACAAGUCUUACUCGUUAAUAUUCAUGAUAUGCAAACAUCUCACUUCCUCCUUGGAGCAGCACGACUCUUCAGCUACAUAGCACCUAUAGUUUGCUCUUCUUUCUUGGGUGAAAAAUACUACAUUUGUAUGUUAUCGCCAUAAACGACACAAACCCAUGUGUUCUGCCAUGUUGUGGAGUUGAUGGUUAAUCUCUACUGGCCAAGAUGCGCUCCACACUCACCUGCCUGCUUAAUCAACACAGCCAUCCCUUGGGCUAAUUUGAUAUUUUACAUAAAAAACAUAAAUACCUAUUUAUGGUGUUUUUGUUCCGCUGCACGUCGUGGGACUUUGAUACACAUCUCUUCUCAUUGGCUAUUCAGAUUCGGGACUAAACCACUUCAACCUUAAUCCUACCCCCCACUAGGGAUGGGUACCUUUGACAUUUGAAUCGAUCCGGUACUAAUUCCCGGUACCUAGGAAUCGAUACCGGUACUUAAAGGUACCAAUUUUAGAUACUUUUGAGUGUUUAAUAUUUUUAAUUCUCUUUUAUAAUUAAAUAUAUAUUUUUCUCAAUAUAUAACCAUAUUUGAUAAAUAUCACGAUAAAUAACAUACAAUUGUUUGUAUUUUAACAUCGUCCUUGUAGUUUUAUAAGCUGAUAAUUAAACUGAAGCAAACAUCUUUACUGUGAACUAAAUUUACUGUGUAUCUUCAUUCCUUUUACUGUCCUUUUUCAUUUGAUUUUUCCUACUGGGAAGUUAGAAUUUCCGAGGAGAAAGCGAACGCACCAUUAGAUGAUAACAACGGUGGCAUAGGAAGCUAACAUAUCAAGCUAACGUUAUCUUAAACAGUUUAUUUAACUGCUGGAGCAGAUUAAAACGAUGCCUCACACUUCGAUCGUUGUCACUGGUUUCAUCUUCACCCAAUCACCCGUCGCAUUUAGUAAAGUGAAGCCAAACUUUCGAGCGCGUUCAUGUUCUUCUAGUCGGAAUUUCGGAGUUCCGAGGAGAAAGCGAACGCACCAUUAGUGAAACGGAAGCUAACAAAUAAAGCUAACAUCGUCUUAAACAUUUUAUUUACCUACCGGAGCAGAUUAAGAUGAGGAUGUCUCACUUAGAUCGUUGUCGCUGGUUUCAUCAUCACCCAGUUACCCAUCACAUUUAGUGAAGUGGACCCAAGCUUUAGCGUGCGUUCUUUCUACCAUGCUGCUCUGUUUACAACUGGCUCGCAGCGACCGUCGACAUUAUGCUCUUGCGCAUGCGCAGCUGUCUAGGCAAGUUCUCGUUGUGAAGGACGGGUACCGAAACAAGGCACCGUUUCAAAUUAAGUGAAUCGGUGCUCGGUCGGUACUGUGGAAUUCGGUCGGCACCUUAAAAAGUACCGAAUUCGGUACCCAUCCCUACCCCCCACCCCCACCCCACCCACAGGUCAGUUGCUGGAUAACCCUAUAUUUUGCUUAUCCAAAUGAGCUACAACUGCAAACAAGGUUUAAAUGUAGUUUUAAAACUAAGACUUUUAUUUUGUUAAAAUAGCAUAGAUAUCAGCCCAUUUUCAAACUAUGUGAUGUUGGAGGUAGAUUUGGAAGGCCAGGGAUGACGGUGGUUUUUAAUGCGCCAAGCCAGUCUCUGCAUCUGAUAAACAGUUGAAUUGUGGGGAUUAAAGUGAUUAUAUUUAAUCGGUGUACAAUAGUGCAGCCUCAAGCUGGGCCCCCGUGUCUCUCUGCAGACUGCUGACUGCCCCGGUUCUAGUCUGCAUUCACCAUCAUUUACAAAACCGCUGCAUGUGUGUAGCAAUUUUUUUAUAUUUCCAUCAUUUCAAAAAUCUCUUAGAACUAAUUUGUUGACAAAUUUGAUGCAAAUAUAUUUAUUCAUGUAUGUUCUGUUUGCUUGUUAAGAUCAUUUGUGGAUGACAUCAGGUUUAAGAGUUUUACACACAGGCUGAGAUUCUGACGGGGCGGUGAGACGAGUGGGGUCGUCGCCUGGACUGGACGGAUAUGCAGUGAUGUAGGGGGAGGAAUGAGGGAGAGUCGCUGAGCAGCUUCCUGCGGAGAAAAAGUUGGCUGGUCGCCCCUGAGCGCGUGAACAUGUUUGUGUGAGGGCAGAAAAAAAAUGAGGGUUAUUAAGAGAGGAGGGAAUAUGUGGGGAUCUGUGAGUCUGUGUGUGGAGUUUGAUCGAAUGGUGAGGAGGAGGAAGAGAGCUGGAGAGAUGACUUCCGGGAAGUAGGGAAAACAGAAGCAACAAGCUGUUUAGUGUUGGAUCAAUCUGGGAGGAAGAGCCGACUGAGCCAUGUUCUGUCUGAAAGCUGUGUCUAACCUGGACGAGGAGAGCAAGUGGACGGUUCACUACACAGCUCCAUGGCAUCAGCAGGAGAAUGUCUUUCUACCAGGCAGCAGGCCACCCUGCGUAGAGGAUCUCCAUCGCCAGGCCAAAGUCAACCUCAAGACCGCACUCCGAGAAUGUGAUAAGUUGAGGAAGGAUGGUUUCCGGAGCUCUCAGUACUACUCUCAGGGUCCGACCUUCUCUGACCCCAAACAGUCCACCAGCAGCCUGCAGGACGAUGAGGAGGAUGAAAACGACAACAAGUCGUCCGCUUCAUCCAUGGAUGACGACAAGUCGCAGCUCUCCAUGAGGUCCCAGACACCACAGGGAGGAGGUGAAGUAGGGGACACGUCAGAGGUUGAUGGACAGGUGGUAUGGGCAAAGGUCGCUCUCCUCCCGACCCCAGAGGAGAAGAUGAGGCGAGCUGCUCAAGCUGUGCCCACAGAUGUCGUCCCCAUCAACGUCACAGGGGCAGUGUUUGACCGCCAGGCAAGCAUCCGGCGCUCCCUCAUUAACACUGACACCGUGUCUCGCCGGCCCAAGAAGGUCAAACGCAGAAAGACAAUUACAGGGCUGCCUGACAACAUCAACCAGGAGCUAGCCAAAGCGCGAGGAGGAGAGCUUCGGCCACAGUCCAUGUUCAUCCCCGGGCAGUACUCUACUCUGGGCCGAGUUGGGAGCGUGAACUCAACACUCCGACAUUCUGACGUGAGCUGCCAGACGGAGGAGGUGAAGGUCGUUCCUCCGUCUGUGAGAAGGAUUCGAGCACAGAGGGGGCAGGGGAUCGCCGCUCAGAUGGCCGGGUUAUCUGCUUCCUCCUCAACGGGAACGAUCUCCAUCUCCAGCUGUGACAGCUCUGGUGUCCUGAUGCUGCCGCAGUUCAACGGAGACCCUUCUCGUUUUCACAGUCUUCCCCGACAGGGCGCCAGGGUGUCCCUCAGCGCUGAUCCCAUCUAUACCAGCACACCCAUCAAGUCAGAGGAUCAGCCUCAGAGGCAGAUUGGGAAGCUUCAGGUAGACAACACGGUGGUGCACAUGAGGAACGCUCCAAGGACAAACUUGUUGCCCAGACCGAAGUCUCAGGAGGUGAGGGGGACCCAGUCCAAUGAGUGGGGUGACAGUACAGCAUGCGUGGUGUCCCCUCAUGCUGCGUAUUCCACUUCUUACAUUCCCAACGCCACCCUCUCCUGCUCCACCGAGGUCAUGACUCUGAACAUGUCCAGUCAAUUACUUCAGUCAUCUGUCUCGGCUCACAGUACAGCCCGACCACCCAGCGUGGCCUCCUCCACCAGCACCAACCACCUGACCUCCAGCCCAACUGCUUUUUCCCACAGUUCCACCUGCCCAGCUUUGGCUACUUCAACCCCUAAACACGCACCUCAGGAGGGGGGGCCGACAGGAUCAGGGCCCGCUAGCGAGUCUGGUCACUCAGACAGCAGCCUCCACAGCCACAGCACCCUGGCCCCCACCCCUCCAUCCUGUCCACCAGAGGAACAGUGGAUCUAUGAUGCACCAGAGAACAUUGUGGCUUCACACCGCACUCUGACCUCCAGCUGCUCCACUCCCAUCAACCAGCUCUAUAGCAGCCUGGACCACUCUUCCAGGACCACAACCGACUCCAGCUCCCUCUACUCCCAGGACAAUGAUGGCUACUACACCUCCAUGCACUUGGACUCUGGCCUGCGCUCUCGGAGUCAUGGUAGCGGACAUGGGGUAGCAGCUGGACGGGCCACUAGACACAGCAUGUAUGAGUGCCGUGAGCUGGCCAACCAGGAGGACUCUGGAAGCCUCUACAGCGACCGCUCUCUGUCCCGCAGCAUCUCCCUUCGCAAGACUAAGAAGCCGCCUCCUCCCCCAGCUCGCACAGAUUCUCUCAGACGCAAACCUGCUACGAAGAAGCCACUCGGAGGCGUCAGCGCCCUCGGCGGCGCCCGGGAUCCAAACAGCAGCACACUGAAUGAAACUCUUAUUGCCAGCUUGCAGCAGAGCUUACAGAUGGGGCUGAGAGGAGGCAAGGGAAAAGGCGCUUCACCAUCUUCACCUUCCAACAGUCCAAGCAGCGACUACGACGACCCCUGGGUUCUGCGUGCACGCAGCCAAAGCAGCAUCAGUGUGUGCAGCUCUGCGGCGUCACUCGCAGCCAACGGCGGCGUUUCUAGUGUGUACUCGUUAUGCCAUGUGACUCCAGCCCACAGCGACACCAGCAGCCUGCGCUCCGACUACGCCGACUCCUGGGGCUACUACACAGACUACCCCCGUAACCACGGAGACCAGAAUGUGCAGACUCCAACCCACGGUGCAGAAAACGUGGCGGCUGGGGGUCAUCCAGGAACGUUACAGAAUGGAGGAGAGAUUCACACCAAUCAGGCUCAGGGAGCCCCAGACCAGGAGGGAGGGGGGUCGGGGAAGGUCAAACCUACGAGCUCCUCACCAGACAGGGUGCACAGGCUCACCUCCCCAUCCAGUGGCUACUCCAGCCAGUCCAACACCCCCACAGCUGGAACCCCCGUCCCUGCCUUCAUCAGGUCCAUGUCCCCCUCGGGCAGCCGGCACAGACCCAAAGUGCCAGAGAGGAAGUCUUCUCUCCUCUCCUCGGUUUCUGUCUCCUCAUCCUCUACUUCUCUUUCCUCCAACACUUCAGACUCACUGAAGAGCUCUGGUCCUCCUCCACCCGUGCUGCUCACUUCCUCAGCUCCCAACACCCCUCUCAGCCCACCCCCACCCUUCCCUCCGCCUCUGCCACCAAGUUGUGCUGCAGAUCCCCCCUCUCCGCCACCACUUCCUCCCCCGCUCAUAAACACCCCUGAGGGUUCCUCCCUGGGCCCCCUCCUCGCUUGCUCCACCUCCUCAGAAUUCCCCCCUCCUCCUUCCCCAGACAUGCUGAUCCACACCAGUUCUUCCUUCAAUGGGAGCUUCAGUCCGCCCUCUCCUCCUCCUCCUCCUCCUCUCUCCUCCAUGGGCCCACCUCCACCUCCUCCCCUGCCUCUUCUCAUCCCAACAUCCUUCUCGCCUAAGAAGGCGGCGAAGGUUGCUCCUAAACCGGAUCUGUCAGACAGCCCCACAAAGCCACUUAAGCCCCUGAUUACUCCGUUUGCCCUGCAGAGUGUUCAGCUCCGUUCGGUCAGACGACCAGAAAAGGAGAUCAGUGACGAAUCAGAAAACAUCCAAGCUCAGGAAACCCUUCGUAGUGUGGAUCCCCACGCCGAAGAGUCAUCCUACACCCUGACUCUGUUGAACGGCUCUUCAGAGGAUGAUUUACGUAAAUCCUCACCGUCCCCUGUGUCAAAACUUCUGGAGGAGUUGUCCCUGGACUGCAGUGUCAUAGACGAAACACCAGAUGGUGCUGUCAUCUACAGCAAAACGGAGGACCAGAGAUUCUGUGUUUUAAAUGCAAAACAAGAUGAGGAGGAAUCUCUGUCCAGUCUUCCUCGGAGCUGUGAAAGCUCUCCCGUCAAACAGAAACCUCCAGCUGUCUCCAAAAAACCCCAACUGUCUUUUGCCCCACCGUUUAACCCCCAACCAGUCGACGAACAUGCCCCACCUCGGUAUGAGGGCAGUCCAACAACAGAAGACCAAGUGGACGCAGUGCAGAGACAAACGGCGGAGGAGGAAGUGGAGGACACUCCAGAGAGUUCAGAGCUGUCGGCUGAUGAGAGAGAGACAUUUGUUGACUUUCAGGAGUCCUGUGUCAGUGCUCCUAGCCAGGAGACAAGUCCUGACCACAAACUUUAUCCUAAUGGAGAUGUUUAUGAGGAGGAGGAGGAAGAUGGAUUGAGCAGCACCACAGGGUCCAUCAGCUCCAAGGAGGACGAGACAGGUGAAGUUUUUGAAUUAGCUGAAUCGUCUCCGGUCCCAUCAGCCAACGGGGACGCCAUGGUGACCCCAACACCAAACCAGCCCCGAACCACCGAGGACCUCUUUGCCGCCAUUCACAGGUCAAAGCGAAAGGUUCUGGGUCGUAGGGAGUCUGAAGAAGACAAGCCCCGUUCUGGGACCCAUCCUCCGUCCCCCCCUUCUUUGUCCCCGGGGACGGUGUCCUCCCUGCAGCGUCAGGCUAGCAACAUCCAGAGAAACCUCCGCAAAUCUUCCACCAGCAGUGACUCCUUCAAGGCCCUGCUCCUGAAAAAGGGGAGCCGCUCUGAGACCAGCUUCAGGAUGUCCGCCGCUGAGAUGCUUCGCUCCACCGACCCACGCUGCCAGCGGACGCGCUCUGAGAGCUCGUUAGACCCUCCUGCUUCACCAUCCUCGCCGCUCACCCCACACAGCCCCUCUAUGUCUUCCGGCCGUGGCAAGAGGGCAACAGAAAUGGAAUGGAACCGCUAUGACACCUUCACGCUGUAUUCACCAACCUCAUCGCCCUAUUCCAUGGGCGGGUCAAAGUAUGGACGUUCACGCACGCCGCCCUCUGCUGCCAGCAGCAAAUAUAACGCUCGGAGCCGAAUCCUCAGCAGCCCAAUGACUGUGAUCUGUGAGCGGGAGGGGGAGCUGGCUGAGGGCGAGUACGGAGAUGCGGCUGAUGGUCCAUCUGGACCGACAGUCCAGAAUCUGUCUGUGCUCAGUGACGCCAACGGCACUUGAUGAGCGAAACUGGUGUGGAACGUAACCGGGAGCGGGGGUGGGGGGCUGAAGGAGGAGCCAGCAGAAGUCACUCAGAGACGUCCUCUCGAACCCAAAACCUCCUUGGUGCUGCUUUUGGAGGAGCGGCGUCCUGACGUGAGCCCAGAAGUCGCCUCCUCACGGACAACAGAACACAGUUUGGAGAGGAGAACUUAUUCUGUUUGAGUUUCAAAACUUCCAUGAUUUUAUUUUCUCCGCCUGUUUUUAAGUUUUUAAAACCUUUCAGUUUGUUUGGUUUUUGUUUUUAAUCAUCCUUUGAGUUUGUUUGAAGGCCAGAGCUAAUAUGGCAAACUAAAUGGAAGUGAAGGAACUAAAAUGUGAACGUUUCUGCGCCGUAGCAAAGCAAAGCUGGAACGCGGGGAACGCACAGGUCGAUCUUUUUGUUUGGAUUAUAAAUGACUGUUUAUAAGGAAAGUCGUGGAAACUGACCCAAAACCCCACGGUACAACUUCAGCUGCGGGUGUCGCCAGCUUUCUGCUCAUUCUUCCACCUUUGUUUGGCAUUUUUAGCUCAGUAGCGCCACCUGGUGUUGGGAUCAGAGUGGACAAAAUCAUAAAAUGUUGAUUUUUAGUUUGUAGGUUUUGCACUGUGCAUAGAUCUUUGUGACUUUAAAGUACGUUUUAAAGAUCUCCGUGGGUUGUCUUGGGAGUUAAAUAUAAAACUAUAAAUGUAUAGUAAGAAAACUUUAUUUUAUUGUCCCGGUCUUUUAGUUUUCAUGUGGGUAACCAAAGAGUAAAAAAAUAAUUAAACAGAACAGGCUGUUAAUCUGAGUGUGAAUUUUUCAUUUCAUAUAGUUCUGCUGUAAAUAAACAGAAGCAAUUGUGAUUUACAUUUAUAUAUAUAUAUAUUUUUUUUACAAACAAAUAGUACAUUUUAGACCAGUUGGUUUAUUGGUUAUAAAAACAGCUUCUGGUGAAUCAGGAUAGGAAAAAGUGGCCUGAGGGAGAAGUCUCAUUUAUGCUUAAGCCUUCCUAAUCUUGAGUGAUGCGAGUCCCCCGUUAGGAUUCGCAGAGGAGUAAAUGUUUCUCUUUAGAUUUAUAAACAGGGUGACGGGAGUGAGAUGCUGCAUGGUUUAAUCACCUGUGACCAGAGUGAGCCUCCAGCUCCCUGCUUGCUGUGAUUGAGGGUCUCAUAAAACCUCUCAAUCCCACAGGUUUGUCACCGGCUGACGGACAGAAGAGGGGGCCGAGCCUCAUGUGUUUGUAAUAAAAACCGAUAUUUAAAGA